GGUCUGGUAUCUCCAACGAGUUAAAUAAGUUCAUAGUUGAACAUUCAAUAUGAAUCCUAAUGCGAUGCGCCGAAACUUCAUUAUCAUAGUGACGUGCUUCCUUGUCCCUCGGGUAGACAUCGUGGCUGCGCAGAAAACGGAAGGAGAUUUGUGUCUACUAAAGAAUGGCAAUGUUGGUAUUUGUCAGCAGUUGACCCAAUGUGUAACAGCUGUUCAUAAAGCACUUCAGGGGGAUAGACCCAUCGUCUGCAGUAUUAAAGCAGACAUGCCCAUUGUUUGCUGUGGGGAGGCUAUUCAGAAUGUCAUACAGAGGCCUAAACCUUCACAAUUUACAAAUGAGCGCUACUUUCUUGACACUGUGACAUACGAAAAUUAUCCUAUUAGAUAUCCCAGGCAGGAUGAUCAUGAACCUUGGUGGAUAGUAGAGAAGCCAUUUGUUGAAGCUCCUGUUGCACCACAAAAGCCACAAUUCAGCAACAAUAAUAAUGGGAACAACAAUCACAAACCAAGCAGACCUAACUCUGGAACUUUACACAGUCCCUGGUGGAUUGCAGAGAGGCCAUUCACUUCGGCUUCCCUGCCCCCGCCACCACCACCACCGCCAACUAAACAAACACUGAAGCCUACUACACAGCCUUCCCCACUUAAUAUCAGAAGACCAACUCAGAAGAUGAGUGAAAUAAAAUGUAAUGAAUAUUCAAGGCCGGUGACGUCUACGAUUGCAGCUCUGCCUCUAGUGCCUGCCCCUGAGCCUAUACAUGUUGAGAUACCAAAGUGUGACUUCACCAGUGUGCAAUUAAUUGUGGGCGGUGAAGAAACAAAGCUCAAAGAGUUUCCUCAUAUGGCUGCAUUAGGUUAUUAUGAAAAUGGAAACAUUGACUGGAAGUGUGGUGGCUCUCUCAUCAGCAAGUACUUUGUACUUACAGCUGCACAUUGUGCACCCAGAAACAAUCCACCUACAAUUGCACGGCUGGGUGACCUGAAUCUGAAACUAUCCAAUGAAGGAGCAAAACCAGUAAACUAUUUAGUGGUGAAUAUUAUUCGUCAUCCUGAUUACAAGCCACCUGCCAAGUAUAACGACAUUGCCCUCCUCAAGUUAGAUCGUCCUGUCGAAUUUAACGAAUUCAUUCGGCCGGCAUGUCUCUAUACAAGAGAUACCUUUGACAUUAAUAAGACAGUCGCCACAGGAUGGGGACAAAUUGAUUUUGCUGAAAAAAAAAGUGAUGUUCUGCUCAAGGUAGGAAUUAGCAUCAUUGACAACAAGUUGUGCAAUGAAUUGUACAAGAUGGAUGAGACUACCAAAAAACUGGGAAAUGGUAUUGUACCAUCCAUGAUGUGUGCUGGUGAACUGGAAGGCGGUAAAGACACGUGCCAGGGGGAUUCUGGUGGGCCUAUUCAAAUCACAAGGCCCAAUAACCGAUGUGUUUACAAUAUAAUUGGUAUUACUUCAUUUGGAAAAUUCUGUGCUGCAAAGAAUGCCCCAGGGGUAUAUACCAGAGUAUCCUCUUAUGUGCCAUGGAUUGAAAAUAUUGUAUGGCCUGAAGAAUAAGAACGUGUGAUUUCAUACUUUACUUGUUUGACUGUAAUUCAUUUUAUUUUGUACUGAAAUGUAUUUUACUACAGAAUAUUGUUUACUGUGAUGCUGUAUAUUAAAACGUAUACCUGAUA